AUCUAAAGAGAUUGCAUUGAAUUUGAUGUAACCUGUUCUACCAACUCAAUUGGCUUCGAUUUUGAAAUUUCCGCUGCGUGGUUGACCGUCUUCCCCUUCUGUUUCUUUGAAGUUUUUUCGAGGAAAUUUUUGGCGCCGUUUUAGCUUCUUUGAAGAUCCUGGAAGUGUAGCCAUGGCUAUGCAGCAGCAACAUCUUGAUAAGAUGCAACUCCGCCAGAGCUAUCGUAAUCUCUGGCAUACUGACCUAAUUCAUACAAUUCAGGCUGACACUCCCUAUUGCUGCCUUGCCUUGUGGUGUGGACCUUGUGUAUCGUAUUUGCUUCGUAAAAGAGCUCUAUAUAAUGACAUGUCAAGGUAUGUCUGUUGUGCAGGCUAUAUGCCUUGCAGUGGCCGGUGUGGAGAAAGUAAAUGCCCUGAAUUUUGCCUUUGCACAGAGGUUUUCCUCUGCUUUGGGAAUUCAGUGGCCUCAACUCGAUUCUUGUUGCAAGACGAAUUCAACAUACAGACAACAAAAUGUGACAAUUGUAUUAUCGGUUUUAUGUUCUGUCUACAACAAAUAGCAUGUAUAUUUUCCAUCGUUGCACUGAUAGUAGGAAGUGAAGAAAUUCAAGAAGCUUCUCAGCUUCUGUCUUGCUUGGCUGAUAUGGUUUAUUGCUCGGUUUGCGCAUGUAUGCAGACCCAACACAAGAUUGAGAUGGACAAGAGAGAUGGCAUGUUUGGACCGCAAGUAAUGGCAGUGCCUCCUUUUCAACAGAUGUCUCGGAUCGAUCAAGCAAUUCCUCCCUCAGUUGGACAUGCACCACAGCCUGCAUAUGGACAACCCUAUCCAGCUCAAGGCUAUCCAGCUCCGGGCUAUCCACAAUCAUCUUAUGGCCCCUCUGGACAUAACUACUAGUAAUCUCUGCACUCUUCCCCAGGUACCAGUCAUUCAUUGUGAUUUGUCCAUGCCAUGUUCAUCCUUCUGUGAAUUUCAUUCGAGUUUAUCGCUCUUACAUGUACGUGUCGAUUUGUAUAAUGAUCAAUACAGGGUAUAUUUUGUGAAGUGGUUAAGAAUGAUUUGGAUGUGUUAAAUUUCUGUAAAUUGGAACUUUAUUUGGAAAAAUGAAAGUAUUUUUCAUUUCUCCUUGUUUUCA